AUGGACAUCUCUAAGUCAAAAUGGAUAAGUAAAGAGAAGAUAUUAUGCUUGCUUUCCUCUUUAUUCUCGUAUGCCCAACAUCAAGAUAAAUGCAAAUAUGAACCUCAUAAAUUAGAAAAAUGUCUUUUCAAAGACAAUAAGGUGUCCAGAGAUGAAAACAUGGCUCUUAGAAAGGAAAAUAAGUCCCUGUGGGGAGAAAACAAAGCUCUUCGAGAAGAAAACAAAGGCUUCAGAAUAAACAACCAGUUAAUCAGGGAAAGAAAUCAGCUCCUGAGAGAGCAAAACCAGGUCCUGUGGAAAUUUAAAAGGGUGAUUUUGGAGAAUCAGAAACUAUCUGGAGAAAUAAUCAAUGCGCUGAGCACAGAAAGAAAGUCUUACUGGCAACAGAAUCGAGCCCUGACUGCUCAGAUCAAGGCUCUCCGGCAGCAGGAAAAAGCCUUCCAGAAUGAGUCAAAAGCACUUGAGGAAGAGAUCAGAUCACUUCAAGAGGAGAUCAAGGCGCUGCAGCAUCAGGAAAGAGCCAUCAGAAUGGAGGAGAGGGCCAUGCUGAAGGAGGGAGUCGCUCUAGAGAAAGAAGAGCAGGCUCUGUGGAAGGAGGAGCAUGCUCUCAGGGAGGAGAACAAGGCUCUCAGAGAAGAAUACAACGCUCUGCAGGAGGAGGAAAACGCCCUGCAGGAAGAGACGAAGAUCUUGGAGGAGUGGAAUGGAAUUCUUCAGGGAAAGAGCACAGAUGAUCUGGCUGAGGAAACAGGCAGUGUUCGACAGAGCUAG